AUGGCUGGUUUGGAUUUAGGAACUGCUUCACGCUUUGUUCAAAACCUUCACAGACCGGACUUGCACCUUCAGCAGCAUCACCACCACCACCAACACCAUCCCGAUUCCGAAGAACAAGAACAGAAUCGCGGUGGUGCACCACCGUUUUCCACCACCGAAGACGAUGAUCCAAGCCAAGGCCUCGAGCUAGUCUCCGCCGGACCCGGAGACAUCGUCGGCCGCCGUCCACGUGGCAGGCCACCGGGCUCCAAGAACAAGCCGAAGCCGCCGGUGAUCAUCACGAGGGAGAGCGCCAACACUCUCAGGGCUCAUAUUCUCGAAGUUGGAAGCGGCUCCGACGUGUUCGACUGCGUCACCACCUACGCGCGGCGGCGCCAGCGUGGGAUCUGUAUCCUAAGCGGCAGCGGCACCGUCACCAAUGUCAGCCUGCGGCAACCGGCGGCAGCUGGAGCCGUCGUCACCCUCCACGGGAGGUUCGAGAUAUUAUCCCUCUCAGGUUCUUUCCUUCCGCCGCCGGCUCCGCCGGGAGCGACUAGCCUCACUAUAUACCUCGCCGGAGGGCAGGGACAGGUGGUAGGAGGGAGCGUGGUCGGAGAGUUGACAGCGGCGGGGCCGGUGAUCGUGAUUGCUGCUUCGUUUACCAACGUGGCUUAUGAGAGGUUGCCGUUGGACGAUGAGGAACAACAACAGCUUCAGAUGCAGCCACCGGCUACCGGUUCUCAAGGUUCCGGUGGUGGCGGUGGCGUGGGAAACAACAACCCUUUCCCUGACCCUUCUUCCGGUCUCCCGUUCUUCAAUUUGCCAUUGAAUAUGCAGAAUGUUCAGUUACCAGUGGAUGGUUGGGCGGGAAACUCAGCUGCACGUCCUUCAUUUUAA